AUGUCUACUGCGUCGGUGAAUUUCUUUGCUGCUCUCGAUAGCGAGGCGCCCAAGCAGGAGUUCCACACCCCCGUUGAGAAGAAAUCAACCUCUUCCAAGAAGGUCGAUCGUGCCCCUGCCAAGGCCGACCCUUCGCGUGCACGCCCCAAGAAGCAAGACCCCAAUGGCAACAACGCUGCUUUCAAGGACAAGGCUGCUGGCCGCACCGGCAACAAGAAGGUCGACGUGGGCGAGUCUGCUACUGCCCACUCUCGCCGUGAGGGCCGCGGCACCAAGACCGACCGCCAGAACAAGAGCGGCAAGCGUGAUACUGGCAAGAAGAUUCGCCAGGGCUGGGGUGACGACAAGAAGGAGCUCGAUGAGGAGCGUGCUGCCGCCAAGAUUGCUGCCGCUGAGCGUGCCGCUGAGGAGGCUGCUGCCUUCGAGGCUUCCCAGGCCAAGCUCAAGACUCUGGACCAGUUCCUGUCUGAGAAGGCCGCCGGUUUGAAGGUGUCCUCUGGCGCCAAGCGCCAGCCCAACGAGGGUGCCGACAACGACCAGUGGUCCAACGCCACUUCCCUGGUCAAGGAUCAGCCCGAGAACGAGAACGGCCGCAAGAAGAACCUCCGCCAGAAGAAGCACAAGGAGGUCCUUACCAUCGACAUCGAGCCUGAGCUUAUGCCCUCUCUUACAGGCGGCUCCAAGGACAGCAACCGCGAGGGCCGUGGCUCCUUCAAGUCCAAGCCCCGUGGCAACGGCCGUGGCAACGGCAAGUCCGGCAGCAAGCCCAAGCCCAUCGACUUGGCCAGCUUGCCCAAGCUCGGUUAA